AUGGCCACACGUUCUCUCUCGCUGCUCCUCGGGCUGCAAUUUUACUGCACUGUCGCCGUAUACGGAGAGAUCUUCUCCUCUAUUGCCAGGCUCCAAAGCUUAUACGCCUCUUCCAGCAGUAUCCUACAACAACUGGACGACUACAUCGGGAAGGAGGAGGAACGCCUGCAGGUUUUAAGAAGUAUUCGCGAAGAGGUGUCUGCUCUGCAGGACAUCGCUCCGGACACCGGUCUGACCGUUCCGGAACAUCCGAUUGGAGCUUACCAUAUGAUCAAAGCUUUAUCUCACCUCAACCAGACCAUAUCCACAGCAACGGUCAGCACAAACGUCUUUCAGUCUUACCUACAAGCCCUCAGCCAACCAUUACCCAGUGAGUCAGAUUUCCGCGGUGCCAUCAGUGCCAUACUCAGACUGCAAGCCAUUUACCGGCUUCCCACACACGAUCUUAUGGAGGGCAUGGUCAGAGGUAACACGGCAAAAAGAUUGAAUCCCAGCGACGCUGUUGCCAUUGCUAAAAUCGCCAGGAAAAGUACCAAUUACCGUCACUUGACAGUAGAAUGGUUGAAGGAAGCUUAUGAGGCGUACGUAACAAGACGAGAGCAGUCAGGGUUAGAUCUAAAGGUUCAUCUCCUUAACAUCACCAAAGAAUACAUACAGUAUUCGGACUGGAUGAAUGCAUGGUUGUAUGUCAACAAAGCCAAGGAGACAUACCCACACGAUGACGAGGUGAUGUUGGUAUACAGAGACAUUGAGGGCACAAUAAAGCACGCGACGACGGUUGGUCUGAGCCUCCACAGCUUCCACGGAGCUCCAGGAUAUAGCGAAGACGGCUGGUGGAAAAACUAUAGCUCACUGUGUCGUGGGGACCAGGACGCAAUAACGUCGAAUUGGAAAAGCUCAUUCUGUAGCCUGACUCCCACAUCUAUCCCGUUUUCGCCGGUAAAGACAGAAGUCCUGAGCACUCGACCAUUCAUCGCAAUAUUCCACGAUGUUCUGAGCAACUCCGAGGCGAUUAAAUUUAAAUCUGAAGCCUUCAACAUGCUCCUCCGUGCCAAUGUGGGGGACCCUGGUAAAGGGUUUGUAUCGGAGGCUCGAGUCGGCCAGCUUACCUGGCUUUACGAUACAAAUCCAAAUGUUCAUAAGAUAUCUCAACGGGUGAUGGACAUAACGGGACUGGACGUAACCAUAAGAAAUAACUUAUCCAGCUCAGAGCCAUUUCAGGUUGUUAAUUACGGAAUCGGUGGACAAUAUGAACCACAUUUUGACGUCUACGCUGACAGAUCUGCCUUGUUGGAUCUUCCCUCGUUUCUGAAAGGCAGUGGAGAGCGGCUUGCUACUUUUCUCUUCUAUCUCAAUGAUGUUACCGAAGGGGGCGCCACUGUAUUUCCCACGGCAGGAGUGAGAGUUCCGGCUAUCAAGAAUAGCGCCGCGUUUUGGUACAACCUAUGGCGGUCCGGUGAGAAUGAUCCGAUGACACUUCACGCCGGAUGCCCUGUCUUGCUUGGCCAGAAGUGGGUUGCUAACAAAUGGAUACGAGAGCACGGUCAGGAAUUCCGCCAUAGCUGCGGUUCUCACCCAGACUCGGUACAUCAUGAGUUCCCUGAACACCGCUGGGUCAUGAAUAGGGCUUGAACAGGUUCACGGGGCCGAACAUCAAACCAGGAUCAGUUUUACCAGCGGUGACACUGACCACAGUUUUAUCAACUGUUGAAGGUGGUUUUAUAAUCGCUCGACCAUGGAUACGGUUUUAUUAAUGCUUCACCAUGAACACGGUUUUGGCCAUGAACACGGUUUUAUCACGGGUUUGGCCGUCAGCACGGUUUUAUAAAGGGUUUGGCCGUGAACAACGUUUUAUCACGGAUUUGGCCGUGAACACGGCUUUGUAAGGGGUGUGGCGUGAACACAGUUUUAUCAACGUUUAACCGUAAACACGGUUUUAUCACGGUUUUGGCCGUGAACACGGUUUUAUCAACGUUUAACCAUGAACACGAUUUAUUAAUGCUUGAACAUGAACUCGGUUUUUAUCAAACCCUUAGUUUUGGAGGACUCGGUACAUAUACCACUUUGAUGUCAGUUCCUCUCUUCGUCUCUGUGCAUGUCUCUGUCUU